AUGGGUUGGGUAAAUACCCAUACCCGCGAAUUAUUUGAUGGAUAUUACUCAUUAGAUAUUACCUACGAACUAUUAUUGGGUGGGUAUUACCCAACGGGUAUAAAUGCCAACUCUAAUUAUGUAGCAAGAGAUUUGGCUGCUUUGGGGCUGAUCUUAUCCCCUCAACCACCUACUGACCCUUUAAAGGUGGUCUGGAAGACUAUAUGGAGUGCGAAAGUACCGGGUAAGGUGGCCUUGAAUGCAUGGCGAAUUGCAGCAAAUAUUCUUCCUACAAGACGAAAUUUAAGCUUGAAAGGCUAUGAUGGUGAUACGGGAUGUGUUUUGUGUAGCCAUGAUCCGGAGGAUAGUUUACACUUGUUUAUUAAUUGUCCUUAUGCAAGUGAUAUUUGGUCAAAGGCCGGCUUACAAUGGUCAGUGAAUGGUGCUGCAUCUAUGCAUGAAUGCUUAUUGGCUACACUUCCUAGAUUAAAUAAGGAAGAAGUGAACAAGACACUUAUGCUACGUUGGGGAAUUUGGAAAAAUCGUAAUAGCCAAGUAUGGGAACAAAAGAGUAAGCAUGCUUCAGAAACUUUCCUGAUUACUCUUGGCUGGUAUGAAGAUGUCAAGAGGAGCAAUGCUAGUCCAGUAGUACGUUGCAGACAAGGAGUUAAGUUGGUUAAACCUAGGGCAGGACAGUUUAAGAUGAAUUGUGAUGGAGCGUAUAUACCUUCAACUAGACGUGGAGGAGUUGGGUGUGUAUCGCGGAACAGUGAGGGUGAGUUUUUGGCUGGUGCAUCGCGCCCUCAUGCACUACUUACCUCCCCUUUUCACGCCGAGCUGCUUGCACUAAAGGAAGGCUUAAGGCUAGCGAUGACUUUACAAUACACAGAGAUAACGUUUGAGAGUGACUGUGCUCUUUUGGUUCAAGCCUUCCAGCAGGAAGACCAAGACUUAUCAACUAUGUGCCUAUUGAUUUAUAAGCAUGCUUCAGGGGAAUCCUAG